AUGGAGUGCGUAUGUGUAGCCAUUACGAGUCCCAACAAUGGCGUGUUUGACGAAUGUAUUUCUCCUGUGAACCAGACGUUUGUGGCAGUAGAUGGUGGCGACACGUUCACGAUUGGACUUGUGGCUCCCAGUGGAGACGUGGUUGGAUGGGGUCGUGCAUUCUAUGGCGAGUUACCGACUAAACCUGUCGAGCAGUGUCAAUCGGUGGCUUGUGGCUCGAAUCACGUCUUGGCACUGACUGUCACGGGUCAAGUAAUGGCGUGGGGAUGGAACCGAUUUGGUCAAGUCACAACGGUAUCAACCGAUAAAAUUGUGCGCGAUCCAAUAGUUGUGCAGUUCUCUCUUGGGAUGGAGGUUGCACUUCCUGUGCAGAUUACCGAAGUAGCAGCUGGAGGGAUGCAUUCGCUUGCAAUUGACUCUUGUGGACGUGUCUGGGCGUGGGGAUCCAAUACGUACGGACAGCUGGGCAUUGGCUUGAAAACGGAGCAGCUUUGUGCGCCACGAUGUGUAAUGCUACCGUUAGGUGUCCGUGUCCACCACAUUGCUGCAGGAUGGGCGCACAGUGCAUUGAUCUCGACGGUAGGAGAAGUAUUCACUUUCGGUUGGGGGCUGUACAACCAGCUUGGCCACGGGUAUACUCGGGAUGAGCCUUUGCCUGUUGCCGUUGAUGCUCUUCAUGGGAUCGAUAGUGACGUCGUGCAAGUUGCAUGCGGCAACUGGCACACAGCAGCUUUGACAGCAUCCGGCGACAUGUACACGUGGGGGUGGGGAAGAGACGGGCAACUGGGCCAUGAUCACUCUAUUACAACGCAAGUGCUCCCCCGCGUAGUAAAUGUGUUAUCGAGUAUAGAAGCCCAGGACGUGACGGCUAUUGCAUGUGGCAGCCGCUUGACCAUCGCACUGCUCCAAGACGGCUCUGUCCAGUGGUGGGGCUUAUGGUCAGCAGAAGACGUAUCGCCCAGCAUCGUAACACGCCAGAACUCAGCGCUGCAUCGAGGAGGGUACGUACCUCAAGAUGGACGGCGUGUUUGCAAGGUAGCAGCUGGCAACUCGCACGCGAUUCUUUUGCUUAAGAAUAGAGAGCACGAAGAAACUGAGCAGAUACUGACAACGUGUAACAAUGGAAUGUUGUAUUAA